AUGCAAUUGCAAGUAUGGGACCACGGAUAAACAAUACAAUCAAUAGUUAGGAUUAGCUUGCCUAGUGUAGGUUAUUUAAAUAGAUCCCCAGUGGUAUUAGAUAGAUCUUUAAAUUUUGAUUACAUCAUUGCACUCGUGUGUAAACUCUAACUUGCAGAUAUCUAAAAGCCAAAGUUUUUUAAAUUUUUUGAAGACCAUUCGUUCUGUGAUGCUGCCAACAAUUCUGACGAUGAGCUAUUGAACCUUGACCACAAUGGACAACAAAGCGGUCAGGAAGGGGAGUGACAUUGGUCAGAUGCAUGAUGGGAGUCUGACGCAACGAAGAAGGGCAACGCUGAAAAAAUCUAAGGAACAAGAGAUUGAUGGGAGCACUGUUGAAGGGAACGCAGAACUGUGGCAAUUAUCCGAUAAUGACUUUAGUAGCAUUGAUAGUGCAGGCCAUUCAAGGGAAAGCUCAUUGCAGCAUUCUGAUUCAGGACAAGGAGAUUCUCUACUGAAUUCUGAUUCCCCUCUGAAGAAUUUAUUGCCUGAUCGAGAAAGAUCAUUGACUCAUUCAGACUUGAGUCUUGGGAGGUCAGUAGAACGAUCAGAGUCUGGGCAAGAACCAUCCUUACAACACUCAGAUUCAGGUCAGGGGAAGUCACUUCUCCAUUCCCUCUCCAAUCAAGGGAAGUCAUUAGAGCGUUCAGAUUCAAGUCAAGAGAAGUCAUUACCACAUUCAGAUUCAGGUCAAGGGAAGUCACUUCUCCAUUCCCUCUCCAAUCAAGGGAAGUCAUUAGAGCGUUCAGAUUCAAGCCAAGAGAAGUCAUUACCACAUUCAGAUUCAGGUCAAGGGAAAUCACUUUUCCAUUCACUCUCUAAUCAAGGGAAGUCAUUACAGCGUUCAGGUCCAAGUCAAGAGAAGUCAUUACCACAUUCAGAUUCAGGUCAAGGGAAGUCACUUCUCCAUUCACUCUCUAAUCAAGGGCAAUCAUUACAACCUUCAGAUUUUGACCAGGAGAAAUCAUUACAGCAGUCGCCUUCAUACUGGGGGCAGUCAUUGGAACCAUUCAAUUACAGGGAGGAAGACAUAAGGGUAGACUUAAAACAAACCGCGGUGACAGACUCUUCACAGGCUUCAAGUGUAACUUUGCAAACGCCUGGAAAUUUGAAUUAUUUGACAGAACCAGUGAACAGACUAUUGGACAAUCCAGAUUCAGGUACGAAAUGUACUCCUGUCUAUCCAAACCAGCCAAUUUUUACAUUCCCUCCAUCUACCGAAGAAAUGAUUUCACUUCCAUUGCAGACAUUUCUUGACCUCUUAAGUACACAGUACAAACAUAACAGUCAGACCCUGCCGUCACUUGCAUACGUUCGCCAUAACAGCUGGGCAGGUCCUACUUACUGUGGCUCCUUAAAACAGAAAGAGAGACAUUUGCCGGAAGAAGCGUCUUGUGAUGGAAUAAAUCCUGAGCCUGGACAUCAAUCGGUGUUCAAAGAAUCCACCAAAAGUCAACUGAAGCAACAGAUAGAAGGCUCGGUUUGUCUCGGAGAUAAAGCUGAAACGCGUCAUGUCGCCCGGCCUCUUUCUGGAGGAGGUAGAACUUCCUUGACACAACAUCACCCCAAAACGCCCAAUCUCAGCUCGUUUGAUAACAUUAACGGCCUCACUGACACGCAUCUCAGCACAAUAAGCUGGACCAAAAACAAUCUCUCCGAUACGAAGAGCUAUGACAUUGGCUCCCCGCUGAUCUCCAUUGCAAGCUUAUCAACUAGUGGUGCCUACCACAUCCCCUCCCCGCCCGGGAUAUCCAGAGCCAACUUUGACCAGCUGACCAAAGAACUCUUGAAGGCCAAGGAAGAUAAAAACACUUUGGAAGAAGAUGUUUCUAGACUCAAAAAGUUAAAUGAAGAUUUAAAGAUGAAGAACUAUUUCUUAGAGUCCAAUCUGAAGAUUAGUCAGCAAGAAAUUGAAAAAAAUCAAGAAACAAUGGAUAAACAGUCACAAGAAAUUGAUAGACUUUUGUUAGAACAACAACUGUUAACUAACAAGGUCACUGAUCAAAACAAUCUAAAUGUUGAAUUAAAAAGUUUAAAAGAGAAAGUUCUAGAACUUCAAAGCCGGUUGAAUGCAGAAAGAGCUGCCAAAACGGAAGUGGAGCUAUCGAAUCAAAAACUACAGGCAGAGUGCAUCAAACUGAAAACAAAAAUUGAUAUUUUGAAUGAUUAUUUGGAACGACAGUUUAUUGACGAAGGUCAAAGACUUCAGUCGUCAGAAGAGCCCCAACAGGAAUUUGGCCUUCCGCUUCGUUAUCGAGAGCCACCAUCGGAGGAGACAAAUUUAAAAGAAGUUUUUUCAAGUGUUGAGGUGGCCAGUUCUAAUGGCACUGGUGCGACUCCUUACAGCCAGCCUGCCAGCCGUGAAGAGAACGCUGAGGAUGAAAUGAACAGUCUAAAUGUAGUCCAUCGGAAAAAUCCAGAGUUCCAUUAACCGUCAAUUUCGCACUUCUCAUCGAAAUGAACUAGUGACAAAAUUUUGUCAAUGCUAUUUAAAUGGCAGCACUAAUGGUGUGCUGACUGUGGAUAAGGACGAGUAUUUGGCAGCUACAGAAUAUUUUAACUCUGACUCUCAUGAAAUUUGAUAUUACAAUGCAAUGUUAUUCAAGUACACAAUAUGCACACAACUAGCAAUGCAAUAAAAUCUUCACCUGUUUUAAGUUCAUAACAUUCCCGUAUCAGAAGUCACUUUCUCUUCCAUUCUCUCAUUACAUAAGUGCACAUGUAUGUAUGCAUAAUAUUCUGAUAUACUAGAGAAGCUCGUUAGUUAAUUACUAUUAGGUCUAUAUAUAUCUGAGGCUGUGUGAAAAAAAGAGUCCUAAUUAAUGACUAGUGUAUAAUUACUAGACAGACAUUAAAAGCAGUCAGCUAGUUUGAAAGAAGUCUUUUAUGAAUAAAUUUGAUUUUUUUUUUUCCCCUGUUCAUCUGAUAGUUUAUUAUAAACAAGGUCAAAUAAAAUAAAUCUUACUGGAGUUGUUGCCCCUGAUAGUUAUCUUCUGUGGCAGAAACAAGCUAGGUGUAUGCAUAUGUUCUUGUAUACUCUCCUGUAUAUCUGUCUAGGUGACAAAUUAAAUGCAAUUAUUUAUAAUGAUGUUAAUGAUUUACUACCAUUGAAGUAAUUCUGUGGACUAGCUAGUAUGUCUAAGAAUCUGGUAUAUUAACUAGUGUCUGUGGACUAGCUUAUUGUAUGUAUAAGAUCUGGUCAAUUAACCAGUGUCUGUGGACUAGCUUAUUGUAUGUAUAAGAACUGGUCAAUUAACCAGUGUCUGUGGACUAGCUUAUUGUAUGUAUAAGUAUCUGGUCAAUUAAUCAGUGUCUGUGGACUAGCUUAUUGUAUGUAUAAGAAUCUGGUCAAUUAGACAGUGUCUGUGGACUGGUUUAUUGUAUACAUAAGAAUAUGAUCAAUUAACUAGUGUCUGUAGACCGGUUUAUUGUAUCCAUAAGAAUCUGGUAUAUUAACUAGUGUCUGUGGACUGGUUUUAUUGUAUGCAUAAGAAUCUGAUCAAUUAACCAGUGUCUGUGACUGGUUUAUUGUAUCUGUAAGAAUCUGACUGUCUGUGUUUUAGAAAAAAUCUGCAUUUAUUACCCCACAAAUCAUGGAGGCAAGGUUGUCUUGACAUUUAAUUUGUAAAUGUUAACUCACUGGCUAAUUUAUUUUGUCACUUUUUUUGUCUGUGGAUGCUAGGAAGCAGUAGAAGUAAUUCAAUUGUGCUAGUGGUACUACAGAUAUUACUUCAGAUAGGAUUGGUUGGACAUUGACAGAUCAGUGAUAGUGUUAACAUUUCUCUAGAAAUAGAAAUAAAGCAGAUAAAAUAACACAGCUCAAAAGGCAAGACUGAGAUUGAAAAAAUAAAAAGUCCAAAAGUCCUUCCUUAACUAAUAUUUUGAUACAAAACUAAAAUUACUUAAAUUUUGUACCAUUUGAAUUAAUAACGUUUGAUUCUUUGGUAUUGGACCAAUUAAAUUAUAAAUGUAUGGCCUUAAAAAUCAUUGUAAUAUUCUGCAGAGAAUUUUAAAAACAUUGUUUUUACUUACAAAGUAAUGAACCAAAGCUGGUCACAGACUUAGUUCUGAGGAAUCAAUUGUGGCACCAAUCCACUUUUAUAUCUUGACGCUUGUUGUCUAAUGUGCAAAUGUAUAAUGACUAUUUUAACUCUUUUUGUGUUAAUUUACACAUGUAUUGUGACUAUUUUAAUUCUUGUUGUGUAAUUAACACACAAACUAUUUUGUGAUUACUCUUGUUAUGUAAUGUGUAUCAUUACUCUUGUUAUGUAAUGUGUAUCAUUACUCUUGUUAUGUAAUGUUUAUAUUGCACAGUAAUUAUUUUCUGUUUACACUUGUUGUGUAAUAUACACAGUAACUAUUUUUCUGUUUAUUCAUGUUAUAUACACCUGUUUAGCAUCCAAGAUUUUAAAUGCUAAAUUAUUUCUCUUUGAACAAACAUUUUGUGACACAUUGAACUACUCACUUUAAAACAGUGACGCCCAAAAUACGCCCUGCGGGCCAGAUCUGGCCAGCGACGUGGUUCCAUCCAGCCCGCCGCGUCGACACAAAGUGUAGAAAUCCCCCCUUCCCUUUUUUUUUAAAGGGGCUGAAAAAUGCAUCUCUAUGUUAGAGCCCUCACCUUUUAUCUGAUGGAUUGGUACCACAACCUUUAACAUUUGUUAUUUUAUGAAAUGGGACUAUGAAUGUAGAAUUUAGAAUCUACCAGAAAAAGUGAAUGUAUUUUUUUUUAAUUUUUGUAUGGAACAUCAAAAUAAGCCGACAUAUUUGUUUUAUAAAGAAAGUGGCAUUAUGAAACAAAUAUGGCAGCAUUCUUGGUUUGAGCCGCGUAUAAAACUGCACCUAGAGAUUGGAGGAUGGAUGGGAAUAUUUAUAAAAAAAAGAGACAAAAAUUAAGUCGGUUGUAGAGUUAGCUACAAUGUUGCUCAUAUUUUAAGUGAAAAUGAGAAAUGAAGUCAUUUACUGAGGUGUAAAAAAAACUUCAACUUCAAUUAUGCCAUUAAUUAAUGUAAGUACUAGAUCUACUGGUUUCUAAUCAAAUAGUUUCAGGUCAAUUUUAUCUUUUGUGAUUAGCGACAGGAGUCUCGAAAAUAAAAUGGCCCGCAGGUCAAAUUAGGUUGGGCAUCACUGCUAUAAAACAUUGAAUCAGCUACAUUAAGUUUUUCUGUUUUUUUUCCCACUUGUGACUUUUAUAGCAGAACUAUAAAUACCAUAGUCAGACUUCCUUGGUUGUUAGGUAUUUCCUAUAAACUGUCACCACAUUUGUUCCAAAUUUAAUCCAGACCCCUGCAUCCAAGUUUGGCCUAGGUAUAAUGAUCCUCAUUUCUGAGGAAAGUCUUAAACUUGUAAAACAAAUAAUUUUAAUCUUUUUGCCUUGCGUUGCUUGAAUUUGGUUCAAAAUGUUCUUAAAUUGAUAUGUAACAUGAUAAUAGCAGGGAGGCACGGUGGCUAAGUGGUAAAGUGAUUGGCUUCCAAACUUAGGUCUGGGGUUCGAAUCCUAAUGAAGACUGGGAUUUUUUAUUUCGGGAUCUUCGGGCGCCUCUGAGUCCACCCAGCUCUAAUGGGUAACUGACAUUAGUUGGGGAAAAGUAAAGGCGGUUGGACCUUGUGCUGGCCACAAGACAUUCUCGUUAACCGUUGGACACAGAAACAGAUGACCUUACAUCAUCUUCCAUAUAGACCACUAAGUCUGAAAGGGGAACUUUUUUUUAAAAUGAUAAUAGCGUAUUCCUUACAAUAUUCUUGAGAUCAUCCAUUGAAAGAAACUUUUUUAAACCAUGCUUGUCUUAACUAGGAUUGGGUGUGUUUAUAUGUUGGUAUUUCUUGUUAUUUUUUUAACACAAAUCUUGAAUAUUUUUAAUAAAAAACUUUACUGAUUUACUUUCAACAAGAACAUUAAGACCUACCUGUUUAUAACUUUUUUAGAUUAGUUUGUCAUUUUAGCUCUUGUGUUUAUGUUUUUAAUGCUAUCACAGCCCCUUGAGCCUACAUUUUGUUUGUUAACAGCACUUUUUUAAAUUAAAUCAUUACUAGUCGACCGGCGGCUUAGCAUACGCCGCCAUUUUGCAGGGCCGGCCUUAGGCCACUGCAACCUAUGCGACCGCAGUGGGCCCACCCUUUCAUAGGAGCCACGCUAAUUCAAGGUGUAUAAAUUCUUAAAUGAAACCAUUUUAUAACUUAAAACAGAUUUCCCGCGCCCUCCUGUCGAUUUACCAGGAGCUCCUGGAAAUCUCCCGAAAUUGCUAAAGAUACGAAAAAGUCCUUAAAAUAUCCGGAAUAUAUAGACAAAAAUUGUCAUUUUGCGGUAUCAAUCAAUAUGGAAAAAGGCAAAAAAUAAAAACGGCAUUAUGCAUUAGCUGUAAUUGUGUAAUCUGGUGAAAGAAUCUUCUCGCGCCUCAUACUAAUGAAGAAUUACUUGAGGUCAACAAUUCUCAAAGAUAGAUCGAAACAUUUGGUAAUUCUUUCUAUUGAGCGUGAUCUAUGUAGGAAACAGACUUAUUAUGAUAUACCGGUACUGUAUGACUUUGCUACACGCAAGGCUCGUAAAGUAAUUCUGUACGUAGUAAAGAAUGAAUAAGAUGCAUAGACAAAUUUAUUUUCUAAUACAAACUCUUAAAUUUCAUUUAUUAUCCGCUUCCCUACCCAAACUUGGCCCCGCGAAAUCCGUUUCGCAUAGGGCCCCCACAAUGAUUAAUCCGGCCCUGCUAUUUAGUGACGGGUGAAUAUAUAUAGUAGAUUAGUUGUUCUCUUUCCAUGACUUCUUGGUCACAAUGGCUAAGUCCGGCGCUGCUAUUUAGUGUUUGUAAAAUGUUUGUUUGUAAAAUGUUUGUUUGUAAAAUGUUUUGGAUGUUCCUUCAGAGUUGACGAUAGUUUACUUCAUAGUGCAAACCUCCCACACAGCCAUCUGUAGCGACGUGUGAAUGCCUACUUUUUCUCCCCCCCCCCUUUCUUGUUUUUUCAUGGGGUUACUAUCCGCAGAAAUAAGAGAGUGAUCUUUCCUUUACUUCUUGCUCGUCCAAAUUGUUGAGCAAAGAGAAUUAUAUAUAUAUAGAUUGUUAUGUACUAUGCAUUAUCUAUACAUCUUCAUUGUGUGAAUUAUUUACAGAUGCCUUUAAAAAAAAAAGAUUUAUUUUUAUAUCUUGUGCAUAUUUAUACUUAGUUUUGUUUUAGAGCAUUAUUGUUGAGCUAUAAUAGCUCUGUAAUGAUAUUAUUUUGUACAGCGACCUUUCUUAUUUGUAUUUGUGUGACUAUUGUGAUUAUUUUAUGCAAAGGAUACUCUGUUGUUGUAGAUAUUGUAAUAUAAACCCAGUGCAUACAAUAACGAAAUGUAUAUGUAUUCGUUAACAAGUAAACUACAGAUCCCGGUGAAAUGUCCAAGUGCAAAAAAGAAAUCUCUGAUAGAAUAUUUCAACUCAAAACAGACGUAGUUAUUAUCAAAGUGAGUUUUAUUUGUUGCUUUGGUCAGUCUAGAGAACACAAUUGUUAAAAUCUUCUUUUUUUUUUAUUGCUCAUUGUUUGUUUGUUGUAAAAUGUUUUACAUGUUUCGGAUGUUCCUUCAGAGUUGAAGAUAGUUGACUUCCUAGUCCAAACCUCCCGCAGGACGACAGGGGAUGGGAGCGGGCAGGAUUUGAACCCUGGACCAUCGAUAAAUCUGAAGGACAGUCCAGCGCGCAAACCGCACGACCAGGCAGCCAUCCAUCAUUCAUCAUUGUUUGGACUUCCUUGAGUGUCUUGUUGAUUUAAGCUGGUGGGGAGCCGCUGGUUAGAGAUAUAAUGGAAGGCCGUAGACAUUUAAUAUAGUGUCACUAAUGAGAUUGUUUUUUUCGUUUACCAAGGGCUCCAACCCUGUCACAAUAUACUUUUUUUUCUAUGUCUAGUUUUUAUUUCAAACCCAGUGAAUUAUUGUUUUUAUACCUGUACAUGUAUCUGUGUAUACAUCUUAUUUCUAUAUAAUAAAAGUAAAAAAUAAAUAAAUGUUUUAUUAGA